GGACUUGGGGUUUGUCUAAUUUCAAGGGGGUUUGUUGUUUGGAGACCAGAGCAAGGUCCCCGGUCUGUGUUGGACCACCUCGGCCACCGGGAGCACUGUUACCCACACGUUGCCCAUCGUGGCGUCCCUGGAUACCACUGACGCGCUCUGCCUGUCGCUCCUCGCUGAUCAGGGGCGACUGGCUGUGGGGGGACGGCGGCGUAAAAUUGUCAGUCCGUCUUGCUCCCGCUGCAUCGCCGCUUGACGACGAUGAUGGUGGUGGUGGUGGUGUCGGUGGUGUUGCUGAAACGGAAUGGAGUCGAGCAGGGUGUUUUAAUUCUGCACCAUGAAUGACAGGUACCACAAGGCGGCCCGGGACGGCUACCUGGACCUGCUGAAGGAGGCGACUCGGAAGGAUCUCAAUGCUCCGGAUGAGGAUGGCAUGACACCGACGUUAUGGGCUGCUUAUCACGGCAACCUGGAGGCUCUGCGGCUGAUCGUGUCGAGAGGAGGAAACCCUGACAAGUGUGACAUAUGGGGGAACACGCCGCUCCACCUGGCAGCUGCCAAUGGUCACCACAACUGCCUUUUCUUCCUGGUGUCUUUCGGUGCCAACAUAUGGUGCCUGGACAACGACUACCACACCCCGUUGGACAUGGCUGCCACAAAGAAUCACAUGGAUUGCGUCCGCUACCUGGAUUCAAUCGCUGCCAAGCAGACAAACCUAAACCCCAAACUGGUCAGCAAGCUGAAGGACCGGGCAUUUCGCGAUGCUGAGCGGCGUAUCAAAGAAUGUGUGAAGAUGCAGAAGAAACACCACAAACGUAUGGAGAGGAAGUUUCAUAAGGAUGCUUCUGAGGCUUCUGCAUCAGACGUCAUGAGUUUCUCCAGUUACACCAGCAGCUCUCUUAGCCACAAGCUGCGCAACCUAAAUGCAGCCACCGUCAGUGUGCCAUAUUCUCAGGCUACUCUCCAUGCCACAAACCGAGGGAAGACAAAGAUUCAGAAGAAGCUGGAGAAGAGGAAACAAGGAGAUGGGACCUUUAAAAUCUACGAGGAUGGGAGGAAGAGUGUUCGCUCCCUCUCUGGACUUCAGCUGGGCAACGAUGUCAUGUUUGUCAAACAGGGGACUUAUGUCAACCCCAAGGACCACCGUGGCCGCCGCAAUGUUCGUGACAUGUUCCCCAGAGACAAUUACGAUGCCAUUUCACGUGCCAUGAGCGAGCCGGACCUCCAUGGGCCUGAUGUGGACUAUUCUGAGAUCAGCACUGACUCAGGACAUGACUCCUUGUUCAACCGGCCUGGUCUGGGCACCAUGGUCUUUAGGAGGAACUAUGUGAGUGGGGGGAUGUUUGACCUCGGCAGUCGAGAUGAGGCCAGUGUGGGCCGGUCAGGCAAUAAUGUGCGUUUACGCAGCAGGUUGCAGCAGUACCCGAGUCUAGAUGAAGACAGCAUCGGCAGUGCACGGAGCCUGCAGGAGAGGAAUGUGGAGGAGCUGCCCUGGGAGGAAGUUGAAUUAGGGCUGGACGACGACGAUGAGCCUGACACGAGGCCUCUGGAGGUCUUCCUCGCUACGCAGAGCAUGAGCGAGUUUUUCUCUAUCUUCAAGAGGGAGAAGAUCGACCUUGAAGCACUUUUGCUGUGUUCUGAUCAUGACCUUAAGAGUAUCCAUAUCCCCUUAGGACCGAGGAAAAAGAUCUUAGAUGCCUGUAAGAGACGGCUGGAGACCAUAGAGGACCCAGACUGCAUUGAGGACACAGAACUAUAAUAAAAGUUGUUGUGGACGGUCCUCCUGCUGUGUGCUCAUCCAGCCUUAAAGGUCAGUGGAGCAUUGUGGAGUGAAUGUCACGUAUGGACAGGGGGGAUUUAAUGAUUUACCUCUCCUGGUGCCUCAGUGGUAACAAAGCAGAAAGGACACUGUCAAGAUGAAUAUGUCAAGCAAGAAGAGACGAGUGUGAGAUAAAUUCUUAACAGGAUUCUUUUACAGUGUCUUGUUAACCUCUGGAGGAUCUUUGAAAAUAUCUCUGUAUGUUGGUUGGAGUCUCCUGCGCUGCAUGGUUUAACAAACUGAAAGACAAUUAUCAGAGUGCAGUGUUGUGCAGUGUCAUUGUAUGCCUUGUGGCAGAUCUGACAGAGAGUCGAUUGUGGGGUCUGUGUCCCCUGAACGUGUUUGCCCCUGUGGGGUCAAUCCUACCACCCUAAUGUGCCUGCAUUGCUCGUGCCUGUGCAUUUGCUUAAAAGUGUCUUUUGUCGUAAAUAACUUUGACAUGAACUUAAUUGAAACUUUAUUAUUAACUAGUUCAAUUGCAACAUUUUGAGCAACAUUUUCACCCAGAGCCACUGAACUGUUUCCUAACUCAUAUUUCAUCUUGGUGCAUGUUUACAUACAGCAAGCCAUGUCAGUCCAAGUGUGGCUCACUGGCAAUGCAGGCCAAUGGUUCACUGAGUUUACUGUUCUGAUUUACUGUAGUAUUGUAAACUAUGUGAAAACACAGUAUCUUUAGAUUAUUUUAUGAUGCACAAUAUAAUAUGUUGUAGCUCUAGGAGCACACUAGGAGAUAAUACGCUUUGUAUAUCAUAUACUCUUGACAGUAUGACAGUCUUCCAACUGUUUGUACAUUGAGUCGUUUUUUUUUAGUAAUGUACAGUUGCACAGGCACAUACGUUGAUGUUUAUUAUGUGAACUUUGUAACAUUUUAGGUGGAUUUUAGAUAAAAAAAAUACAAAGUUUUUUAAUGCUGUAAAUUACAUAACUGAUGUAUCCAUGUGCCUUUAUAAAUCAUGACACUGAGGGCAUGUUGUCAUAUUUUUAAGAGAAGUUUACAUUAUUAUUCACGUAUGAUGAAAUUUCUUCAACUUAAUAUUUUUAAAAUAAAAGGGGAUUUAGUCAUUUCCACCGGAAUUACAUACAUGUAAAGGUGUGUGCAGAAGGCUUUGAAACAACAUUUAGACUAUAAUUAAACAAUUAAAUAUCAAAUUAAAUGUGUUUUUUAAGAAACACUAUAGCUAUAGUUAAACAUUUAUGGGAAAAUCCACCCCCAGUAUUUUUAAAGCUCCAAUUUAAAGUAAAUUAACUCACUCAUUAGUGUACCACACAUCUAAAUUAAUUGAGUUAUUACAGUAUUUAUGCAUAGUGUAACUAAUAUGCACUGUUGGUGUAU